AUGUCAAUGGAGGAGAGCAACAGUGACGGCAAAAGGAAGACGACUCCUUCCCUUCCUGCUAACUACAUCAGCAUCCUCCAGCUCCAGGAGCGUUGGAACAAAGAGAAAGAGCGAAAGCGAAAGGAAGAAGAAGAAGAGGAAGAGAGACGACGGAAACAACUGGCUGAAGACCAGCAGAGGAUAGAGGAAGAUCUGAAGAGAGCGUAUGCUAAAGGAAAACAGGAGAAUCUCGAUGAGAAGCCUUUGAAUCGAAAUAAUCGGAAGGAUUGGGACAGGAAUAGAAAGAAAAAGGAAUCUAUUGACGGCGAGGAAUCGGCGGCGAUUAGAAGCGAGAGAGGUGAAGAAGAAGCGGCUCCGAGAGAUGAGGGUUUACCGGAGCAGAGCAGAGGACGUAGGAAACGAUAUGAUAGUAAGAAGAAGAAAAAGAAAGAUGCGGCGGCGGCGGCGGCUGUGAAGGGAAAUGUCGUCGACGAGUGUGAAUCAAUCGCGCCGCCUGAGCUUGUCGCGACGGAGGAUAAUAGACCGGUGAAAGGUGCGAUUCAAGUUAAGAGGAAGAAAGGUAAAAAAGCGACGGGGAAGAAAACUGUUACGGACGAUGCGACGGCCAUUGAUACAAAACUUGAGAAUCUUUCUAUCAAAAGAGGAGGAGAAACCGAAAAUCUGAAGGCACAAACCGGAUUGAGUAACCGUAAUCAGCAAAACCAGAGGCAUGAUUUGCAUCAGAAUGUUGUCGAGUGUGGAACGGAGAAUCAUACUCCGGUGAAGGAUGGGAUUCGAGUUUAUAGGAAGAAAGGAGAAAAUGCGACGGGGAAGAAAAGUGUUGAAUAUCGCGAGAAAGCUGUAACGGAUGAUGAGAAGGCCAUAGAAACACUAUGUGCGAGUCUCUCUAUCGAAAGAGGAGAAUCCAAAAAUCUGAAGGCUCAAACCGGACCGAGAUACCGUAAUAACCGGCCGAAUUUGCCUCCUCGAAAUGUGAGAAUGCCGAUUAGGGAUGCUACAAUGGUGUGGGUGAAGAAAGGGCAAAAUGAGAGAGCUGGUGAUGGAACUGGAAGUGGCAUGUAA